AUGGACAUCAGAGGGAAGCAGCCAUCGACAUGGGACGCGUACGAGGGCGUGAGCCGAACAUCAGUCGACUCGGACACGGAGAGCCAUGUACAGUGGGAUGAGCUGGAGAGACGACCUAGCGGCGCGAGCAAUGCAGGCACGGGGCGAUGGUCAGGCACCGUUGGAGAGUUACGGAGACGCAGGUCUUCCAUAGGACAGCAGUUUGGCGCGUUGGGUGACGCGGGCGGCGUUAACAGUAUCAACAACUUUGCACGAUCAUGGCAGCGCGCGGCAGGCUUCUUCGAGAUCACGCCGGUGCGGCCCUCGUUCCGCGUCGAGCAGGACGGCGACGAUGACAACAACGACAACGAUGCCGGGGAAUCAGACUUCUCGCGCAGCAUCCCAACGCCCAUUGCAGACCAGCGGUCGGCCCUGCGGAAUGCGCUGCAGAACGAGGGAAGGCGCGCAUCCGACAAUGCAGUCGCCGAUGAGGAGCAGGGCGCAACCGAGCGUAUGCCGCUGCUGCCAGGUGCUGUCGAAAACCGCUUGAGAGAGAGGGGGUCGAGCAUAUUCCAGAUUGAGCCGUCGCUCUCGUCGCCAUUUGGAGCCAGCUACGGCACUCAGUACGGCAGUCUGGCUUCGCGCGUCAACGAAUCUUCAAUGCGCCAUGCCGGCCGACUCUUCACAGAGCAGCAGCUCAAGGGCGUUGCAGAGCCAGAACAGGAGCGCGAACCGCUUCUUGUAAAGCAAGUCGAGGAAGAUGGGCAUAUCAUCAACGUCGUUGUCGGCCAGUCGACCCUUCCGCAAACCAUCUUCAACUCAGUCAACGUCCUGGUGGGUGUGGGACUGCUCACACUACCUCUGGCCUUCAAGUACUCUGGCUGGUUGAUUGGCAUGGUGUUUCUUCUAUGGUCGGCCAUUGUCACAGGCUACACUGCAAAACUGCUCGCCAAGUGCCUGGAUGUCGACGGCUCUUUGAUCACAUUCGCCGAUCUCGCAUACGUCUCCUACGGAACAAAGGCUCGAGUAGCUGUGAGCAUCUUGUUCUCUCUCGAAUUGCUAGCAGCAUGUGUUGCCCUUGUAGUUCUUUUUGCCGACAGCAUGGAUGCCCUAAUUCCAGGUUGGGACGUUUUCCAGUGGAAGAUUGUGUGUGGCUUGAUUCUGAUACCGUUGAGCUUCCUACCGCUCCGUUUCUUGUCAUUCACAUCUAUUUUGGGUGUCAUGUCUUGCUUUGGAAUUACCGCCGCUAUUUGGAUCGAUGGUCUUGUCAAGCCUGAUGCUCCUGGAUCCAUUCGUCAGCCGACAACCCAGUACCUGUUCCCCGAGAACUGGAUGACUAUCCCACUCUCCAUCGGCCUUCUGAUGUCUCCUUGGGGUGGCCACUCAGUCUUCCCAAAUAUCUAUCGCGAUAUGCGCCACCCGUACAAGUACAGGAAGGCUGUAAACGUCACAUACGGCUUCACCUAUCUGAUCGAUGUUGGCAUGGCAUGCGCCGGUAUCCUCAUGUUCGGCGACAACGUCAGGGAAGAAGUCACCAGCAACAUCUUCUUGACUGCCGGCUUCCCCAAGGGAAUCUCCGUAUUUAUUGCUAUUUGCAUCGCCAUCAUUCCCCUGACCAAGAUUCCGCUCAACGCAAGGCCCAUCGUCAGCACGCUGGAGGUUCUCUUCGGCCUGGACACGCGCUCAUUGGCCAUGUCAACAUCCAUGGACGGCAUGUCCGGUCUCACUCGGGGAAUCCUGAAAGUGUCGUUACGCAUCAUCACCAUCAUCAUUUUCGUUGUCAUCGCCAUCGUUUUCCCUUCGUUUGAUCGCAUCAUGACGCUGCUCGGCAGCGUCGCGUGUUUUAGUAUUUGCAUUAUCCUGCCCUUGAUGUUUCAUUUGAAGCUCUUUGGUAAAGAGAUAUCUGGUCAAGAGAAGCUGAUGAACUAUGUCCUGAUCAUCGUAAGCUCUAUCAUGGCUGUCAUCAGCACCGCCUUUGCAUGCCUGCCCAAAGAGAUGCUUGGGACUUAG